CUCUUUGGAGCCCUGGUCCACGGAUGCCACACCAGCCUCGUCCAUCUGGAUCUCUCCAAAAACCUGUACUCCCACAAAAGGGUGAAAACCAUCUCCCCUGACAUCAAGGAGUUUUUCAGCCAAGCCUGUGCCCUCAGGCACGUCUCCCUGGCGGGUACCAAGUUGCCAGCGGAUGCUGUAAGGGCGUUGCUGCAAGGGCUGGCAGACAACAGUCACAUCAGUGACCUGCGCCUGGAUCUUAGCAACUGCGAGCUGAGAUCAGCGGGGGCCCAAGUCAUCCAGGAUCUCAUCCCCGACGCCAGCUCCAUCAGCGACCUGGACUUGUCUGACAACGGCUUCGACCCCAACAUGGUAACGCUGGUGCUCUCCAUCGGCAGAAGCAAGUCCAUUAGGCACGUCUCUCUGGGGAAAAACUUCAACAUCAAAUCCAAGGAAGGGCUGCUGGACGUCCUGCACCGCAUCGUCCAGCUCACCCAGGAGGACGACUGCCCUCUCCAGUCCCUGUCCGUGGCUGAAUCGCGCCUCAAGCUGGGAACCAACGUCCUGCUGAGUGCCCUGGGCAGUAACACCAGCCUCAUCGCUCUGGACAUCAGCGGCAACGCCAUGGGGGACACGGGGGCCAAGAUGCUAGCCAAGGCCCUGCAGAUCAACACCAAACUCAGGACCGUGGUUUGGGACAGGAACAACACAACCGCCCAAGGGCUCCUGGAGGUGGCUCAAGCUUUGGAGAGGUUCUCUGGAGGUCUGAAGAAAGAGGGGUGGACGGAGAGCCUGGCCCCUGGGCGGGUGGUCGCUGCUGCCCCAUCGGGGUUUGCUGACGGCCAGAGUUUGGCUGUCCCCAUCUCCAGGGCUGGACCUCGGGGCAAUGUCCGGGCUGCCGUCGGGAAUUACACCCUCAAGUCGAUGCCCUUGCCGAUGAGCGACGUGGCGCAGGCGUACCGCAGCAACCCCGAGAAGACGGAGGAGGCGGUGCACAAG